CUACAAUUACAACCUACAACAUCUUGGGAAAACAACAAGGUGCUUCAUAACACCAGUUCACCUUGCAGACCUUCUCCUUCUCUUCUCUCAAUCAAACACCGAACCCAAACCAUAUCUAUCCAGGCCAACAUACACAAUGGCCAUCCCAGAAAUGGACUCCGAGGAAGAGUCCAAGAUCACCACCCUCAUCACCUGCUUCCCCCACGACCAGUCCCUGACAUCGCUCGUUCAAAUCCCCCGCUUCCGCCAGCGUCUCUCCAUUCUCUCAGUAUGGUCCAUCCCACCCGGCAGUCGCGUCCUCGACAUUGGCUGCGGCCAAGGCGACUCCUCCCUCGUUCUGGCCCUGGAACUCGGUCCGACCUGCCACGUCACCGGCAUCGACAGCGCGCCGCCCGACUACGGCACCCCGUUGAACAUUUCCGAGUCCCAGGAGAAGAUCCUGCAAUCUGCCCUGGGUGACCGUCUCUCCUUUUACAACCAAGUCGACGCCGCCACCUUUUUUAAUUCUAGCUCUGCCGCUGGUGAUGGAGAUAGCUUGAACAACAAAAAGACAAAAGAAUUCGACGUCGCCACAGCCUGCCACUCCCUCUUCUACUUCCCCUCUUCCGACUCCGUCGUCUCGCUCUUUCAAGAACUGGCAGCUGCCAAUAUCCGCAAGGUCUACGUAGCCGAGUACGACAGCAAGCACGCUCCCUUCCCCGUCACCCAAACGCCACACAUCCUCGCCGCUAAAGCUCAGGCUUUGUAUUUCGCUUACAAGUCCGAAGCGGACUCACGUUGCAAUAAUCCCCUCAAUAACGAGGAACAGCAGCAGCAGCAGCAGCAGGCCUCCUCCUCUAAAAAAGAAGAGAUGCCGCUGAAUGUCCGCGCUGCGCCCGACGUCGAGGCCAUCACCAAGGCGGCACAAGCGGCGGGGUUCAAGGUAGCUAGGGAAGGCAAGUGUGUGCGGGGAGGGAAGUUUGAAGAGAGAGUGAAAAAGGAGGGGUUUGCGAAGGAGAAAGAGGAGGAGAUAUUGGGGGUGGUUAAGGAGGUCAAAAGGGCGUAUGAGGAGAUGGAGAGGGGUGGCGUGGACAAGGUGAGGUGUAUGGAUGUUUGGUGGGCGGUGUUUGAGUUGGAGUAG